AUGGAGGCGGGUCAAUCACCAGGCGAGUUGUCACGUCGCGAGCAGCGCGUUCGCGACGAAAUUCGCCAACUCCAAGACCAACGAGCCGCAGCGAUGAGAGAAGAAAUCUCCUCGCUCCACAACGAGAGAGAGAUCGCGUUGGCAAAAAUCUCAACUCUGCAGACGCAACUGGUCGAACUACAGAACGAAAACGAGGUGUUGAGAGGCAACAGAAGCGAAGCAGCGAUCCUCGUGCGUCUGGCGAAAACGGAGCAGGAUUUAUCUCGAGAAAUCGCGAUGAAAAACGAGAUGAGAGGAAAACUGAAGGUCGCGACGCAACACAACGGGCGUCUUUUGAUAAAAGUUAAGAAGCUAGAGAGUCAGUUGAAGGGAAGACCUGUGAUUCUGUUGAAUGAGGGAGGAUUGAAGCUUCGUAGUGCGAGUUUGGGGCAGUUGAGGGAUGAUUUGAACGAGGAAGGCGUGACCGAUAGUGACUGUGACGACGGGGAUGCCCGGAUGAGUAACAAGCGGGUUGAAGUUGAGAUGAGUAGUCGGGGUUGUCAGACUGAUGUUGUUGUGUGCAGAACGGAAGAGUGUCAGACUGAGAGAGUUGCUGAUUUCGUAUCAACAUUGACUCAAACGGAUCCCAAUGAGUUGCCACCAACUGUCCGGAUUCGUUACACAAUACCAGACAACAUACGAGAUGCUCUUGCUGAAGCUCAACAGACGAUCAGCGAACUGCGGCAGCAGUCGGCAGAUUGUCGGUCAGAGUUGAGCAAACGAGAGGAAGAAAUGGAAGAACUAAGAGAAGAAGCUGAGAAAACGAUUGCGGAGAAGAAUACAGAAUUGUUGCUUGAGCAACAGGAAAGAGACUCAAUUGAAGCAGCGUACAAUAAAGUUUGCAGAAAAGUGAAGCACUUGCGAGCCGAGGCUGGUGUUUUACGAUCCGGACUAGAAGAGUUCAGGUCAUGGACGCGACGGAAACUGAAGGCAUUAUCGGAAGAGAUGGACAUUUGUCGUGUCAUUUAUAGUCUUCGAAAUUCCUUGUCUCAGGAGCAAUCAGUUGUUGAGGAAUUGGCAGAGAAGCUUGCUCAACAGCAGAGAAAGACGUCAUCAGCUAACCACGAGAGCCAGAGACUAGCAAAUCAAUUACAAGUAUGCCAGAAACAGAGAGACGAAGCAACAAGCCGAUCAAGAAUGCUUUCUGAUCAAUUGCUGGGAGCUUUGCAGGCCAAAGACGAAGCUCUCUUGUUGGUGAAUCGGAUGCAACAUCGAAGGAAAUCGUCUCAGGGAUCGUGGAUGGAGGGAACGUAUUAGACACAUCAUCAUUACUAUUACUCUGUGAAUCUGCUGACUUACUAGCGACCCGGAGACUUUAUCAAGACGAAUUGCAUUGCACGUUUACUAACAGUACACUACACGUAUGCACUUACAGUAAUGAUUAAUAUUAAUUUUUAUGUUAAAUUUAUUUAUUGACAAAUUUUUCUUGAAAAUCUUGGUGUUUCAUUACCAGUUGCAUGAGCCAUCAAAAUACACACAUAUCACACUGACUGAUGCAACUGGAAUGAACUAAAGUGUGUAAUUCAAGUUUGGUUCUUGCCAGUCAGUAAUGAGUUCUGUAUAGCUUAGGGU